GUCUAAAAAUACUUUCAAAUCAAAUGUUGUUGUUUUUUUUUAUUGAAUAAAAGCAACCGCCUGUUAGAUUCAUCCAUUUGUAUUUUUGCAUCGGGUCAAGAGUGGAUGAACGAAUGCUUGUCAGAUUUUAAAGGCACUGUUUCCACUACAGAGAAAUGCAUUUAAACUAUGGGAAAGUGCAUUUGAAACUGAGGAUCGGAAGCAAGUCUUCACACAAAUUCAUGUAGGGCUACCAAGCUCCUGCCAAACAAGACCCCAAGCCCCUUGUAUCCGAUCCAGGUGACCUCCUGUGUUGUCCAUGUGGAGACCAGGCACGCGACCCGGGUCUGGGGAUAGCGAGAGCCCUGCUGUUUCGCAGAAACCGGCCGGUUCGAUCAGCCACAGCUGACGACACCUUGUUGAGGCGCAGAGUGAAACGCCAUAGCGUGGACCACAUGAAGAAGAGCGGUCGAAACAGUCUUUCUUUCGCGCCCGGGUGUGGCCUCGGUCGAGGUUCAGCUGCAGCUCUUGGCAAGACCAGAUCAACCAGUGAUGACUCGCUGUUGGCCUGUCUGACGUUGUGAUCCAAGAACAGUUCACAGGAGAAUCCCAGGGGACGUACAGUAGGUCAGGUAACAAAACCAUAAACAGGCAAUGACAGAAGACGCUUCUAUUUUUCUCAGUUACAGCAUCUCAAUAAACGGAACACAUUUUUUUCCCAUGGCAACUUAGGAUGGCCAAAUUUAUUUCUGGAGCAGGUCUGAAGUAGGCUUCUCUGCAUUCUCCGCAUGGUCUGCACAGCUGAUGAAAGGAUUCUGCUAUUGAUUUCUACCAGGUCAGUGGUGAUACAAGAAUAGAGCAUGCCCUUGUUGUGCUGUCGUGCUCAAUCGCCAAGGGACCAAGAUUCGGGGUCACUGCCUAAAACUCUCUAAUCGCAGCGAGCCGGUCUCCCUCUGGGUCCAGCGCUGCCUCCUCAGAGCCUCUCCUUUUAACCCGAGGCAAUUAGAAAUGGUCAACCAGUGCAAUUAAUCAGGUCAGUCUUUAUUAGAGGCGACCAGCGCUCGUUGUGGCACUAGAACGCUGCUUGCUUUUGUUUCUGUGUUGUAAGCAAUGAAUUUAAAUACCGAUUGUCUGUUUUUCUCCGGAGCCAAGAUGUACGCUGUUUUUGUGUGUGUGUGUGUGCUGUAAAUUGAAUCGCAGUGAAACCAAUACCAGGAAAUGUAGGGAAAAAAGGUGUAGCAGGGGUCUGUUUGUGUUGAUGUGCGCGCAUUGGAGAGCAUGAGCUGAAUAAUUAUUUAUAGUCAGAGGGUGACGGUAAAAUGAGAGCGUGCGAUGUGUGAGGAUGAUGAUGAUUGUUGAGCUCGUCCACCCCCCCCAACUCCACGACCACCACACCGCACACACCACGGUUACCCUCCCCAACCCUCUUCUUCCCCGCCCCUCUCCUAGGCUCUGCUGCACAGCCUGAGUCCGCCCUGAUGCCCGCAAUUACCGGGCUCGGCUGCCGCGUCUCCCCCCGGUUCUCACAAAGGACUUCACCUUCAGUCCGGCCGCAGGCAGGCGACGCGCCUCGGUCCCUGUGUGCGCCGCCGUCCACAGUAUCAUGGAGGAGAAGCGUCAAGGUCGUGGGCGCAUCUAGAAGCUGCUCGCGCGGGCGACUCGCCUAGGAAGUCAAGAUAGCGAGGUACAAUGAAUGAAGAGGCGCAGGUUAAUGCAAGCUGGCUGCCUCAGGACUACUCCCAUGCUGAAGGUGGCGCUGCAGAGAACGUGACAGCUGCCGUGUCUUCCCUAGUGCCCGUCGUGGACACAGAGCCCGAGCUCAUCGUCAACCCCUGGGACAUCGUCCUGUGCACCUCCGGGACCCUGAUCGCCUGCGAGAAUGCCAUCGUGGUCCUCAUCAUCUUCCACAACCCCAGCCUGCGGGCGCCCAUGUUUCUGCUGAUCGGCAGCCUGGCUCUGGCCGACCUCCUGGCCGGGCUGGGCCUGGUCAUCAACUUCGUCUUCGCCUACCUGCUGCAAUCCGACUCCGCCAAGCUGGUGACCGUGGGGCUGAUCGUGGCCUCUUUCUCGGCCUCCGUGUGCAGCCUGCUGGCCAUCACCAUCGACCGCUACCUGUCCCUGUACUACGCGCUGACCUACAACUCCGAGCGGACGGUCACCUUCACUUACGUCAUGCUGCUGGUCCUGUGGGGGGGGUCCGUCUGCCUGGGCCUGCUGCCCGUCACGGGGGUCAACUGCCUGCGGGACGAGUCGACCUGCAGCAUCAUCCGGCCGCUGACCAAGAACAACGUGGCCGUGCUGUCCGUGUCCUUCCUGCUGAUGUUCGGCCUCAUGCUGCAGCUGUACGUGCAGAUCUGCAAGAUCGUCCUGCGGCACGCCCACCAGAUCGCCCUGCAGCACCACUUCCUGGCCACCUCACACUACGUCACCACCCGCAAGGGCGUCUCCACGCUGGCCAUCAUCUUGGGCACCUUUGCGGCGUGCUGGAUGCCCUUCACCCUCUACUCCCUGAUCGCAGACUACACCUACCCCUCUAUAUACACCUACGCCACUCUGGUGCCCGCCACCUACAACUCCAUCAUCAACCCCGUCAUCUACGCCUUCCGCAACCAGGAGAUCCAGAGGGCGCUGUGGCUCAUAUGCUGUGGCUGCGUGCCGGCCAGCGUGUCUCAGAGAGCACGCUCCCCCAGCGACGUGUGAGCCCCCCUGGGGAACUGACGCACCCGUCUUCUCUUUGGGCACACGCUGGGGUGGGCGUGGGGUGGGGGGGGAGAGAAGGGGGGGGCCGCUGGAUGCUUGUGGCUUUUUUUAUUUUCGGUUUUCCCGGCUUGCGUUUCUCAGGCAAUCUUCAGGUAGCCAUGCCUUUAUCGUUCAUCCGGAGAAGCUGUGCUGGUUGGCUUUUAGUAGGCGCAGGUGUUGAAUGGGCCGGCUGUCUUUGUAAGUACAGUACACUUCUCCAUCCACCCUUCCAUCCAUCCAUCUGGUCGGGGCAGGAGAGGAAAACGUAGGCCCUACUAGAACUCAAGUGUGAUUCGUGAUCCGUAACCUAGAGACUCAAGACUUAGAAAAUUAAAAGGACAACAACUAUUACGUGCAAAAGCUUAGAGCCAAGACUGCGUGUAGGGAAAAGUACGUGUCUGCAUGAUGCAGUCUGUACCCAAGAUGCAGGAGAUCUGACAUGUUUUCUGAGAAUCCCUUUGCGCUCGGCUUCAUAGGAUUGAUCAUUGAGAUGCUCCACCACUCCCAGUAGUGACACCGCUGUGAGACAGCGGGAGGCAGGAGAGAGGAGGAUGGGAAAUUAGAAACGCAAGAGUCCCUUGCUCCUCAUUUCGUCUUGCUAGUCGAGGGGUUUCAAAGCGUUUCUGAUUGUUUUCUGCGGUUCGCCGAGGAAAUCCCUGCUCGAUGUGCACGUGAAACAAAGGUCUGUCUGUAUAAGCGACAGCAAGAAGGUACGAGCUGACACGCUCGCACACGCACACACACACACACACGCGUGCGCGCGUGCAUGCUCCGGUGGCCGAAGGCAGCAGCUCUGAUCGGCGAGCGGCGUGUCUCUGGCUGCACAUCACGAGCCCGGCCGCAGCUACAGUAACGUGCCCUGCAAGUUAAAAACGAGCCGGCAGAGCAGCUGUGCUAAAAAUAGAGCAGGGCUGGAGCUGAGGCUGUGUCUGCGGCAGACUCUCAAGAAUAUUAACUGGGUGACACCAGCGUGAGCCUUCUGGAUGAGCCGUCUGGAAAUUUGGCCAAGCUUUGGUGCAGCUCUUUUCUGUUUUGGAGAAAGGCUCCUCUUUCGCACCGAAGGGCAACGCAAACAGUAACGCGGUCCCUAGUCGCUUCGUGUUCGCGAGAGAGGAAUGUCUAAGCAAAACUGCUAUUAGCCCCAUAGCUAGAAAAAUCCACAAGCCACAAUGGAUGUAUUAAACGUAUAGUGACUCAGAUAAUGCCUUGAUUUAUAAAAAUGUUUUAAAAGUAAGCUUUUAAAUAGAAAUACCAUUGUUAGGUGGCUUUAUUUUAUCAUUAGAGCAUAGUUUAAUGAAGCUCCUUGAAGAAUAUUAUUCUUUUUAUCUUUAUGGUAGGGUUAGUAAUACUAUGUUUAAUACAAUUUUACAUAUCUCCUGGACUGUACAGAAUAACCUGAAAAUGUGCUGUCAGUGUAUUGAGUGUCUUAUA